AUGCAAUCUAUCGACGAAUUUACACCAUCAACAACAGAACCUGUAUUUGGUAGUGGAUUAGUUAAUCAAACAAAAAAUCAAUCGUCUACGAAUAAUGAUAAUAGUGAUGCGGACAAAAUAACUCCAUCUUCAGAACCAGUUUCUAAUGGAGAAAACGAUACAAAAGAUAAUAAAGUAACAUCAAAUGAAAAUAGCACAAUAGAGACUGUUACGGAAAAAACUGAUGCUGUCGAUUCAACAGCUGUACUUGCCAAUGGCCAAAGUGAAAAACCAACGGUUGAAACAAACAACGAAGUUGAAAAAAAUGAAGAACCAGCAGCAACCGAAAAACCGGCAGAAGCUGAAACAUCUGUUGUACCAACUGAGCCUGAACCAGUAUCGUCAACACCAGUAGAAGUUAAUAAUGAAGUUUCAUCAUCUGCACCGUCAGCUACUGUUGAUGCAACACCUUCUGUUCCUACUGUUGAAAUAACAAAUGAUAAUGUUACAGAGGCACCUAACCCAACUGAACCUGAAACUACAGCACCCAAAAGCAAAUUUCUUCGUGGCAAAGCAAAAGCAUCUCCCGUAUCAACAACACCAACAGCAACACGACAGUCGUCACGUGGCAGAAAAAUGGCUUCAUCGUCUUCAACAAAUGUUGAAGAAAAUCAAGCAAGUGAUGAUGCCAGUGUGCCAACUACGACAAUAACAACAACAACGAAUCAAACUGAAGUGUCGAAGCGUACAAAACGACAAGCAGCUACUAUUGCUAAAGAUGCCAUAACAGCUAGUAAUCAAACAAGCUCAACAUCCGGCAGUAGCAUUGCAGAUGAUGGUAAUGAUCAAGACGUAAUUCCAUCCGAUGGUGAUGACGAUGACGAUAUAACUGUUGGAAAAGCAAAGAAAGCAUCACCAGUAGGCCGUAAGAAACGUGGAGCAUCAUCAUCAACAUCACAUGUAGCUAAAAAAGCAAGAGGAAAAAGUUCCAUAAUACCAACAACCGAUGAUGACGACGCCGAUGAUGAUGAUGAUGACGAAGGUAGAAAACCUGCAAAAAAAGCACGAACAAGCUCACCGAAGAAAACACCUGAAGCACCCAGUGAAGAAUACGUACGAAAAUUACGACCUCGGAAAUGA